AUGACGGCCUCUAGUCAAGUUCCAAAAACGCCACCAUCACCGGCGGCUGCGAACGACCACAAACUCCCCGAGAAACCGUUAUCGCCCUCGGUUGACUCCGAUGCUGAAGUAUCAGAGAAACCCACAGAUCAUGGAGGUCACGAGUCGACUGGAGAUGGCGGCGCCUUGAUGACGGACGAAGGAGACCGGGAAGAAGAGUACAUCACCGGCAUCAAGCUCAUCCUCGUCCUUGCCGCUUUGACUUUUGUGGUUUUUCUCAUGCUCCUUGACAUGUCCAUCAUCACGACGGCUGUUCCUGAGAUCACAACAGCGUUUAAUUCGCUGUCUGACGUGGGCUGGUAUGGCGCCGCCUACAACUUAUGCGGAGCCGCUCUCCAGCCCUUUGCAGGGAAGCUCUACACCUACCUCCGCUCCAAACAAACGUUCCUCGCCUUUCUCUUCUUGUUCGAAUUAGGCUCUCUGAUUUGUGCCGUUUCAAAAUCGUCAAACAUGUUCAUCGUCGGGCGCGCCGUCGCGGGCAUGGGAUCAGCUGGCUUAUACAACGGUGCCUUAACAAUCAUCGCUGCGACAGUGCCGCUGCAGAAGAGACCGCUCAUCAUCGGGAUCUUGAUUGGAAUUUCAAAUCUGGGUCUUGUAAUUGGGCCUCUUGUCGGAGGAGCUUUUACGGAGUUUGUGAACUGGAGAUGGUGCUUCUACAUUAACCUCCCUAUCGGUGGCGUCGUCGCAAUCCUACUGUUUUUCAUCCACAUUCCCUCGAAAAUCGCAACUCCCCUCCCUCUCCUCAAAGUGCCCGGCCAUCUCGACUUCCCAGGCUUUGUCCUCUUCGCUCCUGCGGCAAUAAUGUUCCUCCUGGCGCUCCAGUUCGGAGGCAACGAACACCCCUGGAAUUCUUCUGUUGUCAUCGGUUUAUUCGUUGGUGCGGGCGUUACAGCCGCGCUAUUUCUGUACUGGGAAUACAGGCAGGGAGACGACGAAGCCAUGAUACCUCUAGGUUUGUUCAAAAGCAGGAUUGUUUGGAUUAGUUGCGUUGUUGGGGCAAUGACUAUGAGUAUCACAAUAGUCUCAAGCUACUAUCUACCAAUGUUCUUUCAGAGUGUCAAGGGGGCGACACCAUUCCAGGGCGGAGUAGACUUUCUGCCGACUAUCUUGAGCCAGCUGGUGUUUGCGGUGGUCUCUGGUGCCUUGGUUGGAAAGUUGGGGUACUAUCUCCCCUGGGUAGUCUUCGGCUCUGCCGUUUCGACCAUCGGAACCGGGCUAAUUGCGACAUGGACACCGUCUACAAACUCUGCAAAAUGGAUAGGAUAUCAAGUUCUUCUAGGUGCGGGUCGUGGCGCAAACAUGCAGAUGCACAUUAUUGCCGUUCAGGCAAACACUGCCCCAUCCCGUCUCCCGGUAGCCAUGGCCACCGUGGUUUUUCUGCAAACUUUCGCCAGCGCUAUCUUCUUGACAGCAGCCGAAGUCAUCUUCAGCGAGGGGCUGGGCAACAACUUGGCAAAGUAUGCCCCAAACAUAAACGCCAAGACCAUUUUGGCUGCUGGUGGGACUGGGUUCAGGACCGUUGUAUCGAAGGCAGAUCUCCCUGGCGUUCUAAUGGCAUACUCCAAGAGCAUUAAUGAGGUGUUCUAUCUCAUGAUCGGCCUAGGCGUUGUCACUUUUGUGCUCGCGUGGGGUAUGGGCUGGGUUGACAUCCGGAAGAAGAAGGGCGAGAAGAAGGGUGACGUUUAA